AUGAGUUGCAACGGCUGCCGCGUAUUGCGGAAGGGAUGCGGCGAGAAUUGCGUCCUCCGAUCGUUGGUGCGCUGGAUUCCCACGCCGCAAGCGCACCACCUUGCUCCUCGCUUCAUUUCCUUUUUCUUCUUUCGAUCGAAUUGCAUUUUUCAAUUUCGGUCAACCCUAGGUUUGACAAUUUUGAAAUUUGCAGCUAUUUUCCAGUCGCUUCUGUUCGAGGCGUGUGGCCGGACGGUGAACCCGGUGAACGGGGCGGUGGGGCUGCUGUCGAGCGGGAACUGGCGGUUGUGCCAGGAUGCGGUGGAGACGGUGCUCGCCGGAGGAUCGCUUCAGGCGUUGCCGGGAAUUAGGCAGGCAGGGGCCGAUGACUCAUCAGAAGACAGGUUCUCCGCCGUUGGGUCGGUUCGUCGACUGUGGCCAAGUUCGGGAGCCGGGAGCGAGAAUCGUCGAUCCUCCGGCGAGCGGCGGGUGAGUAGACUGUCGACGGGGGUUUCGUUCUUGGGGGAGGAAUCGGAGACGACAACUUUCGAGAGCAGCGACGGGGAUCUGAAGAAGCUCGAGGUAACGGUGAUGCAUUUGCCGGGAGUGAGAGUCUCGACCUUAGUGCCGAAGGCGAGCUUGCGGAGGUAG